CGCAGCUUGGCUAUGGAAGGCUCCAAUGGCUUUGGGAUCGACUCCAUCCUCUCCCACCGUGCGGGCAGCCCCGCCCUUCCCAAGGGGGACCCCUUGCUUGGGGACUGCCGAUCGCCCCUGGAGCUGAGUCCGCGCUCCGAGAGCAGCAGCGACUGCUCUUCACCGGCCUCUCCAGGAAGGGACUGCCUGGAGACGGGCGCCCCGCGGCCUGGCGGGGCAUCGGGCCCAGGUUUGGACUCCCACCUGCAGCCCGGGCAGCUCUCGGCCCCAGCCCAGUCGCGCACAGUGACCUCCUCCUUUCUGAUCAGGGACAUCCUUGCCGACUGCAAGCCACUGGCAGCCUGCGCGCCCUACUCUAGCAGCGGGCAGCCGGCAGCCCCCGAGCCAGGGGGCCGUCUCACGGCCAAGGCCGGGGAGGACUUUAGAGACAAGCUGGACAAAAGUGGCAGCAACGCCUCGUCAGACUCUGAGUAUAAAGUGAAGGAGGAGGGCGACCGCGAGAUCUCCAGCUCGCGGGACAGUCCCCCGGUGCGCCUGAAGAAGCCACGCAAGGCGCGCACCGCCUUCACCGACCAUCAGCUGGCGCAGCUGGAGCGCAGCUUCGAGCGGCAAAAGUACCUGAGCGUGCAGGACCGCAUGGAGCUCGCCGCCUCGCUCAACCUCACCGACACGCAGGUCAAGACCUGGUACCAGAACCGCAGGACCAAGUGGAAGCGACAGACGGCCGUCGGGCUGGAGCUGCUGGCGGAGGCCGGCAACUACUCGGCGCUCCAGCGGAUGUUCCCGUCGCCUUAUUUCUACCCGCAGAGUCUCGUUUCCAACCUGGACCCCGGCGCCGCGCUGUACCUGUACCGCGGGCCCAGCGCGCCACCGCCCGCCCUGCAGCGGCCCCUGGUGCCCCGCAUCCUCAUCCACGGACUCCAGGGCGCCAGCGAGCCGCCCCCGCCGCUGCCCCCGCUGGCCGGUGUCCUGCCGCGCGCCGCGCAGCCCCGGUGA